AUGUUUCACGACUUCACCUCCAUUACGACACAAUGGAGCAAAGGUUACGCCAAAUGUGCCCAGAAAAGCACCAUGAGAGGUGAGACAGGAGAAGAAACAGAGGUUGAUGCCGAAAUUCCCGUUCCCAACUUCGCCAACACUCACCUGGGCCAAGCCCCCACGCAGAGCUCACACCUUCAGGAUGGUGGCAUUCAGUGGGAAGAUCCUG